GUGGUUCACAAGGUGGUUCAAAUGAUGAGAGGUCAGAUACCGUUCCUGCCACUGUUCGAGCUGUGCACUUGUUCCAGUGUCCUGUACUCAUCAUUGAAAAUGUGACCCAAGCACGCACCAACCAGUUUGUCCGGGCCUGUUUGAAGCAACUUGAGACGGUUCUUGGGUACCAUGUUUCUGAGCUGACGUUGAAGUUGGAGGACAACUGGUGUGCUAGGCGUCACAGGUGGUGGUUUGUGGCUGUUCACCCUGCCUUUGGACCUGUCACUCUCACUGAUUGGCCGAAAAGUCCAAGUCUGACGAUCCGUGAUGUCAUGCCCUUCAUCAAGUCGUGGCCCAUUGAGGACUUGGAACAACUCAGGUUGUCACCCCGUGAGGCUGAUCGUUUCAUGAUGGAUGGAUCGUCACUGAGGAAAUACAUGAUUCAGACCGAAGGCAAGUUGCCGACCAGCCUUCACUCGUGUGGAAGUCAGGCAGGUGAGUGUCCUUGCGGUUGCCGUAAAGCCUUUAGUGAUCAGUUGCUACGUCAGAGAGGAGUGUAUGCCCAGUUGAUCCAACUUCACUCGGCCGAUGGUGGAAUUGGAUACAGGCACUUGCACCCGAUCGAGCUGUCCUUGCUCAAUGCCAUGAUUCCACCUGAGUCUUGGAUGUCUCGUGACAGACCAUGCCUUCGACUUUGUUUGAGUGCCAUAGGCCAACUUGCCUCGCCUUUGCAGUCGGUUUGGGUUGGGUCAUGCCUCAUGCAGCAGUUGUGUCAAGUUUUGGAAGUGCCAGCGGUUGCACCGAUUGAAAGCCUGUACACUUUCAAAUCCCAGUUGCGUGCCUUUGCCAAGGACCUUUUUCCAGAUGUUGCAUCAGGACCUAGCCCAGCGGUGUGGACGACCUUGGUGUAUCCUGACAACACUAAGGUUCAUGUUCAGGUGCAGCCGGAAACGACCGUCAUUGAGCUUUUUCAGGCAGAAAUGGCAUUGUCACGUGAGGUCACUUCUGAUCAGUGGAUUGAUGCCUCGACUGGACAGCAGCUGGAUUACUUCACAUGUGUUGCAGGCCUUGAGAUUUGUGUGAAAGGUUCUGGACCCGACUUGUCGAAUCCUUCUGGACUUCCCUCUUGGACUUCCUCUGUUCAGCCCAUCCCUGUGGUUUUUGAUGACCCUGAGCAAGAAGAUGAUCUCAUGUCGACUUCCGGUCCUUCCAGUGUCCCACAUGUAGCGGUGCCUUCCAGCGUGCCCCUUGGUGUCCCAGAUGUGUCGGUCAGUGGCAGUGCUGUUGAUUCUGUGCACGAGCAUCGUGUUGAUCCAGGCCAUGUCAUGGACACACUGCAUGGAUUGCGCAGUUUGACUGGACACCAGCUUGCUGACUUGGUUCCCCCAUUGGUUCCGGAUGUGUCUUCUUGUCUGAUGUUUCGCCGUGAAAUGGUCAACUUGGAAUCUCGGCUUGAGGUGUUAUCUCAUGAGGGACUUGCCAUGGGUGAUGAUGAGCUCAAUAUACACCUCAAAGCAUGUGUCAAAUUAUGCGGCAGACCCGAAGUCCAAUACCUCGACCCGUUGUUGGCUAGCAGUUGGCUUCAAGGUGGCUCCACCGAUGCUGUUCGUGAAUGGUUGGCCCAAUUCCCCGACCUGACUACCAUUGUCACGGUAGUGUCUGCCAAGGGUCAUUGGCUUCCAAUUGUUUGGACUGCUGGAAUUUCUGAUGUCCAAGUUGCGCUGUGGGAACAUGUUGAAGUCGAUGUGGAUUUCUUGAACCCCCUCCAUGGACUUGUCAGCUCUUCGUGGGGUCGUCCCAUGUUUGGUCUUGCCUGCACUCGGCGUUCCUUUGCCCGUGGGCUUUGUGGUGCUGCUGCAGUGGCGUUUGUGUCUCAUCGUCUUCUUGGCCAUGACCUGCCCAGCUCAUAUGAUGCCUUGUUGCUCCUGCACCAGGAACAGCCAGGUAAGCCCAAGAAAGCCGCCGCGGCUAACAAGUUUGCACCCACUCGGCCUGCUGAACUAGACCCGUCAAAGCUUCUUCUUGAAACUGGGGCCUUUUGUGUCGGACAUGAUGAGCCAGUUAGCCAGGUGUCGUUUGCCACAUUAGGUCCUCUUGCAUCCGGCAUCGCCUUGGCCACUUAUCCAGAUGCCCUUCCCUUUUUGCAGGCAGGCAAGUUGCUCACCAACCAUGGCUUGGCUUUGAUGGUUUUGAAUCCACCGAGUGAGGUCCAGACCACUUUGAUCACAGCCACUGUCCGUUUUGCCGCUCGAUGCAGCAUGAAUCAGGAGCCAAUGAUCGUCACUGGAUUGCUGGUUCAGCUUGGCAAGACUUGUGUAUACCAAUACACCGCCAAAGACACACCAGCUGUCAUUGCCACUGAUGUUGCCUUUGCCCGUGUCACUGUCUUUAAAGAUCAGUGGGAGCAUGACUGGGAAGAGUUUGCCAGCCGCCCUGUCAAGCAUGUCCUGUCAGUCCUGCAGUGUCUCCAGACGUGCCGCAAUGGCAUUGAUUGCAGUUGCCCUGGUUGGCAUCCGGGACAGGACCAAUCGCCAGAUGCUGUCUUGGAUGUGUUCCGAAGACAAUACUACAAUGACUCAGGCAGGCCUGUCAAGUGGGACAAAGCCACCCAUUUUGCUGUUUUCAUCAGGUAUGUCAAGUGUCUGGAGUCCCAUGUUCUUGCCGCAAGCGGCCAGCACGGUGUUUACAUCGAACCCAAGACUGAGGAUGCACUUAAGCCGCAUGGUGAGUAUCAGGUGGUGUGGUUGCCUCAGAUGGACUUUCAGGCGGUGUCCCAUAAGGCCAAGUGUGAAGUGGAUUGCCUUGGACUUGCUCGCACAGGUCAACGCUAUGGGCUCCGGGUUCAUGUCAAGGACUUCCAACGGCUGUUCACUCAGGUCAAACCAGAUGCAGUUUACUUAGCUCCAGGACACAGAACCAUGUACCACUGUGGCCCAUGGCCUUUUGGUAGUGACCGCAAAAGCAUUGCAAGAAUCCUGCGAGCCAGCCAUUGGGAAUGCCGACCACUGCAGCCAGUCCAACACGUGCCAGGUGGUUUGAUGUGGUCCGUCCAAGCUGUGACUGAGCCUCCCGUCAGGGUUUUGUCUUUGCAGCAUGGUCAGGUCGUCAUCACGUGCCCUGACCUGAAAUCCCCAGUGCCUGAUGUUGAAGCCCAAGUUGUAGGUCAUGCUGCCACUGUGAACCUGUGCCGACCGUCCGAGGCUGCUUGUUCAGACCCGUGGUUGACCAGUGACCCAUGGUCGAAAGCGGUUAGUGCUGCUCCGACACUGCCUGCAGGGCCCCCUGCCCAACCGGUCUUGCAAGAACUGGAGCAGCGCAUUGAACAAAGUAUUCUUGCAAAGCUGCCCCCAUCAGACAAGAUGGACAUCGAUGACCAGGAUCAUCGGUUGCAACUGCUCGAAGCCCAGGUGCAGCAGUUGAGCCAUAGACAGGCCAGCUUGGAGACCACUGUCCAAGACAAUCACCAACAGAACACGGCCCAGGUUCAGACCUUGCAGCAGCAGAUGAAGGUUCAGAUGGACUUGCAGACGCAUCAGAUGCAGUCGGUGACCCCGGGGCGACCUCGCUCCAUUUGGGCCUUUUUGCGAUUAGUUUUAGUUUUGAUGAUGUGCCGCAUUGGUGAAGCUCGAGUUCCCGGCCCUGACUCCGACACAUGGACACUUGGGAUUGUCAAUCCCUCGGGAUUGCAGGGGAAAUACCAUGUGCUGGAUAGCGUCAAUGCUGAAGUGCUAGCCAUUAGCGAGACACACUUGUCUGCCCAGGCCAAACGUGGGUUGGCUUACUCUUUUCGGUCUCACAAGUCACGGUUCAAACAUGUUCUGACAGGAGCACCCAUGGCUCCUAGAUCGCUCUCCAGUGAUGCCGGACAAUGGGCUGGGGUGGCCUUUGCCUCAGCCUAUCCUUGUCGCACAAUUGCAGCUCCUUGGCCUAGUGACCUGUAUGAAACUGGGCGCAUUCAGUUUGCAGCUUUUCACACCCCAUCGGAUUGGAUUUCUGGGGCUGUGAUUUAUGGCUACCCUGAAGGUAAGACCCACACCAAUGCUCAUGCCAAAACUGAAGCCAUUUUGGACUUCGCAUGGACUCGCCUCCAGGCACAGACUGGCCCUCGAUUUAUGGCCGGGGAUUGGAAUUUCACCCCUGAUCAGCUUCAGUUGGUCUCGCACAUGCAAGCAGCUGGGUGGGUUGAAGUGCAAGACCAUGCCAGGUCUCUCACUGGCCAAGCCGUUGUGCCCACUUGCAAACAGACGACCAGGAAAGAUUUCCUUUGGAUGUCGCCUGAGUUGGCCCUUGGAUUUACGGCCCUUCGGAUUGACCCACAGGUUUUUGCUGACCACUCGGUUAUCCUUGCGACCUUUGUUGGGGGGAAAGCACAUCUUGAAAGAUUUGUUUGGCCGUGUCCUCAACCCAUUGCUUGGACUUCCGUGCCUGACCUCCCGACACCUGUUUGUUUUGCAUGCCCGUUGGAUCCCACUGCCCAGUAUGCAGAUCUCUGGCGUCAGAAAGAAGCUCUUGCCGAGGCUGCCCUUGCCCAUGAAUGGAGCCCCGCCAUGGCUGGACGAGGCCAACAGACCAAACCGCGCAGGGUUGUUGGGUGGGCUGACAACCAUGCCGCCAAUCACACCAGUGAUAGUCUUCAUGGAAUUGGACUUUGGAAUUCCAUCCUCCAUGCCUCUGGAUUUGGCGUCUCCUUUUCCAGUUGGUGGCCUUCCCGGUGUUACGUCAGUCCCCUUGACCCUCCGGCCAUUCCCCCGUUUUGUCCCAGUCCCUUGGUUGCCCGGCAAGUUUAUGAUGCUUUGCUUGCUGAUGUCAGGUUGUUGGAGCAAAGAUUGACGAUGGCCAAGAAAGCUCACAGGGUUGCUCACCAUGACCGCGAUCAUCAGUUGGUCUUCCGUGAUGUUGCACGCCCUGCGGCUGCCCCAGUUGAGACCCUUGUUCAUCGCGUUGAGGCCAAAGUUGCGUUUGUGGAUCAGUCCGAGUGUGCCAUUGAAUUGGAUCGUUCUGUCCAUGUCCUGCAUGAUGAGCCUGUCUGGGUUUCAGGGCAAGUGCAUGAUGUUAUACAUGCGGAAGGAGAUAAAGUUUGGGUUCAUGAUGUGACCACUGUCCAAGUCAAUGAUGUCUGUGUUCAAACCAAGCCUGUUGGUGACCUGCAAGCACUUUUUGAUGCUUUCCAUGAACAAUGGAGAUUGCGGUGGUGUCGACAUGAUGGAGUUCCCUUCAGUCGUUGGCAAGAACUUCUGGAUUUUGCCCGCCGGAUCAUUCGUCCCACUGCUGUGCCUCACCUUGCGGUUGACAGUGCUUUGCUCCAGGCUGAAGUUCAUCGGAAAAAGAAAAGAGCCGCAACCGGCCUUGAUGGUGUCAGCAGGAGCGACCUUGUCAUGGCUGACCCUGCCACCCUGGCCAGUCUUACCAAGGUGUACCAGCGGGCUGCCUCCGACCUGUGGCUCCAGUUGCUCACUCAGAUCGAGCAGGCCUAUACCUCCUCGACCGGUUUGGCUGGGAUUUCAGCUGACAUUGAGAAAUGUUUCAACUGCAUCCCUCGGUUUCCUGCACUGUGUCUUGCUGUGUUGGUUGGCACCCCGCAUGAGGUCACCACUGCAUGGAGCGGUGCCCUGGCCAGCAUGUGUCGUCACUUCAAAGUUCGGGAGUCUUUCUCUUCGGGGUUCCUGACUUCUACUGGUCUCGCUGAGGGUUGUGGUUUGUCAGUUUUUGGCAUGCUGCUGGUUGACCACCUUUUCGCUUGCUGGUUGAGGUUCCAAGCCCCUCCUGUGCACUGCCUGACUUAUGUUGAUGAUUGGCAGACCAUCACCCGGGAUGUGGAUUACACCGUGCGCCAGCUUGAGUUGGUUGAGCAGUUUGCUGCCUUGAUCGACCUGACCGUCGAUCGCAAGAAAACCUUCGGUUGGGCUACCUGCCCGGACAUGCGGCGCCUCAUGAGGGACAAAGGCAUUCGGGUUUUACACCAUGCCCGUGAACUUGGGGGUCACAUGGGUAUCUCCAAGCAGUACACCAAUUGUACUGUUGCUCAGCGCAUUGCCGACCUAGGUGACUUCUGGGUCCAACUUCGCUCCAGUAAUGCCAGAUACAAAGCAAAGGUGUACAUGCUCCGUGCUGUUGCUUGGCCGAGAGGCCUUCAUGCCAUCUCCAGUGCUCCCAUCGGAGAUCAAACUUGGCUGGCGUUACGACGUAGUGCGGUCAAGGCGUUGGGCUGGCAACGGCCUGGAGUUAAUCUUGCUGUCCUCCUCAGCCUUGUGGAACCCAUGGUUGACCCUCAAUUUGUUGCCAUUUCAUGGACUUUUCGGUCGCUGCGUGCUCAGUGCCCUUUGGACUUUUGGGCGGUCAAUGCUUCCCCCCUUGCACAUGGGGACUUGGACUUACCCCCCAAUGCUCCAGCUUCCAUUGCCCUUCAACGUGUCCAGGCGUUGGGUUUUCAAGUGGAUCGAGCUGGGUGUGUCAUUGACCAGUUUGGCUCCUUUUGUCUGCAUACGUGCAAUAUCACUGAGGUGGACUUGCGUUUGCAGUGGGCCUGGAAACUCGUGGUCGCUCAGAAAGUUUCCCAUUGUUUGGACUUCAAUGGACUUUGGCAAGUUGAUCUGGCUGCUACCAGAAAGGCGCUUGCUGCGCUUGGGCCUGAUGACCAAGCUUUGUACCGCUUGGGGCUGGCUGGAGGUUUGUACACCGAAAGCUACAAGGCCAAAUGGACUGAUCAGGCCGACUGUUGUCAUUGGUGUGGCCAACCUGAUACCCUCAAGCAUCGUUUUUGGGAAUGCCCUCAACAUGGUGACCUGCGUGCCUCGCUUGCUCCAGAUGUCCUCCCUGUCCUUGACCAGUUGCCACCGGUUAUGUCCUUGAGGGGUUGGGCGUUGUUGCCUCCGACUUGGCACUCCUGGAUUCAGCUCCUUGUGAAUCUGCCGCCGUGUUCUUUGGGGACGUCUGUUGGAUUUGCCAAGGGGGUCUGGAAUCAUGUGUUCACUGAUGGGUCUUGUCUGUUUCAGUCGUGUCCCCUUUAUCGGUGUGCUGCCUGGUCUGCCACUCUUGUCCCAGCUUUCUGCUCAUCAUGGACUCCAGGAGGGACGCAAUUGGUGGGUGCCUCCUACCUGCCAGGUAUUUGCCAGACUGCCUUCAGGGCUGAGUUGUUCGCCGUUGCGUUUACGUUGCACCAAGCAGCUGAACAAGGAGCUCCGGUGAAGAUUUGGACGGAUUGCCUGGGAGUCAUAGCGAAGUACAAUCUGCUGGUCAGAGGCCAUAAGAACCUGAACCCCAACAGAAGUAAUGCUGAUUUGUGGGCGUGGGUACUUCAGUCAGCAGACAGGCUUGGGCGACAGUACAUUGAAUUGUGCAAGGUGCCAGCGCACCGGCCACUUUCUAGCGCUACGACAAGGUUUGAGGCUUGGAUGUUUUUCAACAAUGACAUUGCAGACAGGGCGGCUCGGAUGGCCAAUCAGGCCAGGCCACCUUGUUUCUGGGACAUUUGGGAAGCGCAUGCCCAGGCUACAGGUGUUGCCGCUACGUUGUUUCAGCAGGUACAAGCAUUGCAUUUGGCUGUGGGGAGGCGACAGGUCCAGAGUCAGGUCAGUGAUGAACCCGGCGAUCCUGACCCUGGACCUGUCCGCCAAACCAGAGAGUUUGUGACAGUGUUUGAGCGUGGUAGCUGGAAUGGAUCGUUGUUGCCAAAGGUGACCAGAUUGUAUGGAACAUCAGUCAUGCAGAAGAUCAACAAGUGGUUCUUGGCGCGUUUGGCGCCUUCAGCUGACGUGGUUUGGGUAUCGUUUGCACAGUUGUACCUGGACUUUCAGAUGUCAGUUGGACAGCCUGGUCCUCUUCGUGUUCAGAACCACUGGAUUGACGCUGACCAGAGGCCAUAUUUGGCGGUGGAAACCUUUUCGUUCAAGCAGCGGACCAAAUGGUUCAGACAAUGCCUCAAACAUCUCUGGAAGGAAGCUGCCUUGACAGUUGGGCUGGAGCAGUGUCGACCACGAUCUGUGGCGAUUCAUGCCUUCCUCCCAUCAGCUUCGCUCCCAUGGGACACCCAUGCUCUGGCUGUCGUGGAUGAGUGGCUUGGAGCCCAUCUUCGUGACCCUUGCGCUCGCGAAGCUAGCGCUUUGAACCGUUUGCCUCCACCGACGAAGUGUGGCAGACUGCAAGUCUGA